AUGUGUCGAAGGAAGAUCAAGAUAAAAGUACUUCAACUGUUCAUAGUAAACAAUGUGUUGGCAAAUCAAACUUAUCUCUUUCAACGAUCAAGACGAUAUUGGAAUUACUCUCAGAUGAAGCUGUAAGUGAAUGCAGGCAUGACAACAUUUUUCAUUCAGUUACCACCGUCGUUCGAUGACUCAAAUUCAUCUAUGGUUGAGUCAGAUGAUCAAACGAUGUGAAAUUGAUCUAUGAUUGACCAAAAUUGGCCAAACCUGCGAAAGCAUUCACGAAAAAGUCUUAGGUUUCGACACGUUUUUACAACCCAGGCCUAAAAUAAUGAAAGAGUACCAGCAAAAUUACCAUGCUUGCAAGUGUUAUAAUAACUAGUAAUGUUUUGUUUAGGGAUUUUUAGUUGAAGCGAAGUUAAACAGACUACUUGCUCCGCUUGAGAAGGACGAGCAAUCCCUAAUGAGGCUUGAUGCCAUUUUUGCAGUAAGAAUUUUGUUUUAUGUUUUUUUCUGUGUUGGUGUAAUGUACUCAGGUGAAUACGAUGUGGGUAUACACUCGGAGUAACAUCACAAGCAUCAAUUUUGUUUUAUUUACUUGUUUCAAUUAGUCUGAUGAUAAAAACCGUUGUUGAUGUUGUGUUUCAGGCGUUGGGCGUGGAGAAUGAAAAUGAUAUAUACAACUUAAGAUAUUUCUUUGUUGGUGAAAAUGACACGAAAAAUAUUGUUGACGUAGAUGAAUGGUAAGAUUAAUUGAAAUUUGAGACGUUCUCUGGCCAUUUUGUGUUCGGCUAUCACACCUAUAGAGUAAUUAACUAACUCGUUGAUUGAUGAUGAGAGAAUUGAAACAUAGGAUUCGAAGGCUAAAUCACUAAGUUCUGCAAAAGGUAAGUGUUUUCUCAAAAAUGAAACAAUUAUCGCGAAGCAAAUCAACAAGAAAAUAAAAAUUUGAUUUUUUUAGUUGUUCCCGAGCUUAUUCACCCUAACGAAGUCGUCACGAAGUUAAGAAAUUUCGUUGAAGAAAAUCAUCAAGUUUUGAAGUGAGUACUGAUCAACAAAACCAAGUCCUUACCAGUUAGCUCCAUGUAUAUUUAUUUAUUAUGCUUUGCCAAUUUAACAUCACUGCACAAACACAAGAAUAUACUAAAUAUAAAUACAACCUGUCAAUCAUAGCAGGGUAUAUGCUACAGCUUACGCCAAUUACAACAACCCUUACAAAACGAACAUGACACAUUUUUCAUUAGAUCUUUAGUAACAUAAAAAGCCUCUUUCAAGCUAUGAUGAAAUUUUUGUCUAAACUUAUCUAGAUCAAAAUUUUGCUCAUUUGGGAAUAGGCCCAUUGAGUAUUAACCCUCGUAUUAUCAUACUAUAAGAAUAGCCUACUACAGUGCUUGCUCCAGUAUAUAUAGAGUUCAAUGGGACUUACCAUAAUUCUAACCUCGAAUGCUACGUUGUGUUUAUUAGAGAAUCAAAGAAAACUACAUUCAAGAAUGCUUGUCCGGAUGCAGGUCGUAAUGCGAGGUAUAAGCUUGAAUAAAGAGAUCGCAAUGGAAAGUUGGGAGCUUACAAGCGACGUUUUUAACUCGGACGUCAAAUUACCGAAUCAGCCUCUACGGCCUUUACUUUGGUUUACUUAUACAAAAGCGCUAUAAGGUGUUCUGCAUACCUUAGAUAUCUUAUAUACACUAGAUAGUGCAUCUAAUUAUUCUGCAAUUAAAAAAUUGAAGCCGUGAUUGCAGACUCAGGAUAUUCCCAUGAAAUGAGAAGACUCGUAUGUUUUCUAUUUUUUAAACAGGGAACUUAAACAUUAAGUUACUCUCUAUUUCAAUUUGCUUUUCAAAACUGACUUCCAUUGUUUACUUGUAAAUUCGGAAUGUUCGUUGUAAUGUUCCGAAGUUUGUUUCGACGUUCGUUACGAUGAUUUACGAUGAUUCAAUAGCAAGCGAUUUGAUUGGCUGGUUCACUUAACUACCCAAUUACAACUUACUAAACUUGAUUAUCGUAAAUCAUCGGAACGAACUUCGAAACAAACUUCGGAACUUUACAACGAACAUUUGGAAUUUACAAGUAAACAUUGGAAGUCAGUUUUGAAAAGCAAAUUGAAAUCGAGAGUAAACCUGUAUUCCAAAUACAUUUUUAAACUAUUCAAAUGAUGAAAGUUAUUGUUUUUUAAGCGUUUAUUAGCGAGUGGGAAACUUCAACAUGGCCGCCAUCUAUUCAAAUGGGGGUAACCGCUGGAAUAUUCUUGGCUUCAAUUUUACUAAAAGAAAUGCGCUAUCUAGUGUACAUAAGACAUUUUCUAUAUGGUUCUGACGCAAGCCUACAAGGCCUGAAUAUAAAGAAUUGUCUUAAUUAAAUAAUAAUUGUUUCUGAUUAUUUUUGUUAGUUGGAAUGCAGAGUAUUGGGAAAAAAUGACGAGCGUGAUUGAUAGUUCUAAGCAACAUGUCUGGGAUGCAUUGAGUGAAGGUUUUGAGAAAUAUCUUUCUGUGUUGACUGAACGCGCUGCUUUGAUUCAAGAAACUGAUGCUCUAGAACAACAGGUAAUAGUUCACACACGCUUGCUAUACGUCCCACAAGCCUUCAUAAUAUGAAAUCCAUGUGGAAUUCACUGGAAAAAAAGUGAAAUCCAUACUACGAAAUUUGCAAUUGCACCACUAAAUCCAUAGUAUACCAUCCUAUUUUGAUACUAUAUCCAUAAUAUGGAAAAUAUACAAUUAUUAUGGAUAACCAAAAUUCAUUCUAUUUUCAAUAAAGGUCCAUACAAUUUCCAUUCUAUGACCUUCUAUGGAUUUUCAAUUUUUUCCAGUGAUUGGGACACCGCACAUUUGGAUCUCACAUUUGAAAUCAACGUGUGGAUUUGGGAUACGACACAUGUUGAAUCAACGUGUGAAAUAAGCUUUCGUAUAUGUAACGGCUGAUUUGUCCACUGUUGCGUUUUUCGUACGCACGUACACACACGUAAAACAUUCAAUCCUUCUAUUUUUUAAAAAUUUAAAAAAUAAGUUAACAAAUGCAUACUAAAACUUGCGGAACACUAAAUACUGUUGCUUUAUUUAUUUGGUUAUUUCAUAAGUAACAUUUAAACGGAUUUGGAUUUAUUAAAAUAAUUACAUCGCAGCUUUACAGCUGAAUUGCGUAAUUUACAAUUUGCUAAUUGGACAAGAAAAUUUGAUAUAUUACAUGAAUAAUUUACUAUUUUAAUAGUGAUUACAGUAAAAAGUUUAAAAGGUUAAUUUACUCUAAUAAUUGUAUGUGUAUUUACUCAAACAAUUGUAUGACUAUUGUAAUAGUAAUUACGAUAAAAAGUUUAAAGGGCUAAUUUACACUAAUAAUUGUAUACGAACAUCCAAUAAAUAAACACCAAGUUUCAUGCGCUACACAUAGAGAAGAUAAAGGAAUUCAUUGUUGUAUUAGUCAUGAUUUGUGGGGGUUGAAGUUCCUUUGAUUUCUCAGGUUAUAAUUCGUGUUAUAUCUUGCUGGUAAUAAGCUAUUAAGUUUGUGAUCAGGAUUAAGAAUAAUAGACUUAAAAAGUUUGUCACAUAAAUAUUCAUGAUGAUCCUUCAUGGGCUUAAUAUCUAAUCGUUCCAAACCUGUUAGAUAGUCAACUUCCGGCAUAAUAAUUGGUAUAGCUCUUUUCUCGAGACGCACUAACUCACGCUUCAGAUAUUGGGGGAGACAAUGGUAAAAGGCAGGAAUCGCGUAAUCCACAACUGACCUGACACACGACGUAUAGAACAGCGCUAAAUCUUGUGGUGGAACUCUCGCCCGUUUUAAUUGCACUAUUUGAAAUCUAUCGGUGAGAAAAUCAAUUAUCCAGUUUAUAACACUUGGAGGUAAUUCCAAUCUGCUUGGUUUAUCAAUCAGUAUACCGUGGUCGAUUAAGUCGAAUGCUUUACUGUAGUCAAACAGAAUUGUCCUAAUGGUUGAGCCAUUUCCAUCUGUUCCUAAAAACCAGUAAUGUAACAUAUUAAUUAGCGCGAUAAUAGUAGAUGAAUUCGGGAUUGUUCCGUUCUGGUUUGGGUCGAUAACUUUUAAAAUGGCAGGCUUCACGUAAUCCUCAACCACAAACCCAUCCGCAACCUUGGAUACGCUAGGGGUUAACGAGAUUGGUCUUAAGUCUUUCUUUAGGUCCUUAACCGGCUUCUUCUUGGGCAGUGGUGAUACAUCUUCCAGCAUGCAGGCAAUUGCUGUUCACGAUAUGAAGUAUUAAUAAUAUUCAUAAUUGGGAGAGCAACAAUUCUGGAAUAAUCUCUUAGGAGCCAAUUUGGAAUGUUAUCAGGACCAGACGCUUUUCCAGGGUUGAGUUUUGCUAGGGCCUUCUCUACGCGCAUUUCUGUCACAGUUAGGACCUCCGUUGAUUCUUCCAAGUCGCGGCAUGGUGGUGGAACGACCAAUCUGUACUCCUCAAUGGGCUCCAAGAAAGCUGUAUUAAUGAUAUUUGCCUGUUCACGUUGUGGAAAGUUAGAGAACUCGUCGAUUUUUAUUUGACUGGACAGAUCGCUGUUCUUUUCUUUCAUACCACUUAAACGUUUCGCUUCACUCCACCAUCUCUUAGGGUUCUCACCCUUAAGAUUUUGUAUGUUUGAUUCAUAAUACUUCCCUCUGCAUGCCUUUCUUUCACGGUUGACUAAAUUCCUGUAGUAUUUAAAAUCAAGGGAACCGUUUCCAUUCUUAUUAAACGCCUUUUGGCAAUCAAGGACUUUCAUUUCUUAUUCAUCCAUGGUGCAUCAACAGUGCUGACUUCCAUACGUUUUUCCGGCAUUAAUAAGUUAAGCCCAUUGUGUAUUACUUCAUGGAAAACCAACCACUUUUCCUCACUACUAUCCAAGGGAGCAAACAACUGUGACCAAUCAAAGAGGCUCAAAUAUCUUCCCAUUUCAGCUUUACGACUUGCCCGAUAGUCCCGUCUUAUUAUUACUUUCUUAUUGUUGCCUUUUGGCGCUAUGACAUUAGGCUCUGCGACAAUAGUGUUAUGGUCAGACAGACCGAAAGGUGCAUAUGCUUUCGGUGCACAAAAGAACAUAUGCAUAUUCGUUAACAUGAGGUCUAAAAAACGUUAACAUGAGGUCUAAAAAUUUAAAGUUUUACCUGCGUAUACGUGCGUAUGAAAAACGCAACAGUGGAAAUCAGCCUUAAAACAGAAACCACAUGUGAAAUUUUGGGAAGCGUCAUUUUGUUUUUGCGAAAAAAGUGGUUUAUAUAAUUUACGAAUUCUUUACAUGAGAUUCAUUCAAACCCAGUGCAAUAGUAGCCUACUACUUUUGGGAGUCUGGGACUGCGCGCAGGCUAGUGCAAUAAUCGCCAAAAUGUAAUUAUGACCUACCACACUGUUGAGGAAAGUAUGGCACGUUGACCAUAGAGUCUCGCUUUCGUGAUUGAGACAUAAGGCUUACACACGAAAACGAGGCUCCAUAUCCAAAAUGACGUACUUUCCGAAAGGGUGUAUUGCAUUGAGAAGCAUUUCUUUCAGCAUUGUGGACCAUUUUGAUCCUAACUUUAAUCUUUACUUCAAUCCUAUUUAUCCUAACUUUACUUUUACUCUAACUAAAACUUCUAUCCCCUAGUUCCCGAAAUGUCACUUACAAAAAAGUAUUUUAUUUCAGAACUCAGAAUUACGGAUGCUUAUUCAUCAGUAUAUUAAUUCAAAGGUAAUGUUCUUUACAACUUUGGCAAAGCUGCAGUCCCUUGCGAAACUCUGACCGAUAUUUGGACAUCUCUGAUCGCUAUUUAGACAUCACUGGUAACGUCAUUUUGUUUACCAAUUUGCAUCGAUGCCUAUGUGUUUACUCUGCCUGCAAACAUUCUAUCAUGUUCUCACAUUGUUUAACUCGUCAGAGCAAUUUUAAUCGUCAGAGCAAUUUUAAUGGUAAUGCAAAGCAAAGACUGACAUCUUUACUGACAUUAUUUUGCGGAAUAAAAAUUAGUUAAAUUAUAAGCUAUAGUCUUAUACAGUAUAUUACGAUAUGAAGAUCUGGUCCUUUGUUUCAUGUUGACGGGAGUAUCUUAACCUCUAUUUUGCACUUUUUGUUAAUUGUAUGUGUGUUUUAUUUCAAGGUUAACCAAGAGCUUGAAAU